AUGCAAAGUAGGAAGAAGAAAAUAAAGCGGCACGAUGUCGUAUACGACAACGUGGAUCGAGAUGAAAUCCCAAAAAGGGGAUAUUAUUCCGAGCUGGUAUCCAAUAUGACAAAGGACGAUGACUCUAAGUUGGUUUUUGCUAAGAAACGUAUGAAGCUUUUAUUGCAGGCCAAAACAGACAAGUUGGCACCAAUGCUGAUGUCACUCCCGAGACCACAGAAACCAAAGCUCUUGUUGCCUCCAGGACGAUGGACUACAUACAGCGAGGAUGACAGUAUUCAAUUCCCAUUUGAAACAUUUGUGCCGAAAUUGCAGUUUUUGAGCGUUGUUUUACCCAAAGAACUACCAAGACUUGUCAAGAUUGAAAGACUCCGAAGGAAAUUUCUAGCUGCGAAUAUUAAGAAAAUGUUACGGGAGCGAGGCAUACAGCCUUAUACUCUAAUACCUCCUUCUGAGUACCCAUUGACGAAUGAGGAGUACUACAGCCUGUACAGCAUCUAUCCUAAGAUGGACUUGGAACCAUUUGAUAAUACUGAUUAUGACUGCAGGAUUCCAGAAGAAUGGUUAAACCUGGGUUUUAUUGAAGGCGAACAAUAUCCGUGUCCAGGAUUAGCUUUCAUACCAAGAGUGGAAGGAAAGGCCACCAAACCGUAUUCAGAUUUGUUACAGAUGCUAAACAACUCUUACGAGUGGACUAAUGUAGCAGCAUUCGGCUACGACAAAGGCACGGAAAAAUGGGAAAUUAUGGCUUUAGACGGAUCGAAACGUCGAUUCAAUGUACCACGUAUCCGAUUGAUGUUCAAGGCUGAUGACCCUGAAACGUUUGCGGAGCGUGUAAAGUUUGCGGUCGAUUUACGUAAAGAAGUAGAGAAUAAUUUCCGAUUCUACUUAUAUUUAGAUUGUUUGAUCCUCGAAGGGCUACCUCGAAUGCCAUUAAGUUUCAUGCCUGCAAUAUUAAAGAUGGUCUUAAUUCACCAACAAGCCAAGGAUGUGGACCAAGAACAUCUUCAAGGACUCAAACAAGAGGUAGAUAAUAACUACAGGAAAAUAGAAGGAAAGAUGAAAAUAAUCAAUACAAUCCUGAAGUAUCCCAGUUUAUAUAACUUUAUUAAACCGCCUUCUAAGGAGUACGUGCCCCCGGUACCGGAUUAUGGUCGUUACCCAUGCGAUAUGGUGGACUUUGCCGGAAGAUUACAACACAACCAAUGGUUCUCACUUUACGUGCUCACGGAAUCCGUCUCCUGUAUACACAUGGUUGUGGAUGAAUGUCUGAAGGUGGAAUCCAUGCUGUUCUUUACGUCAAACUACGGUAGGAAUGUAAGCCUCGCUGAGUUCGAUGCUGCUCAGUGUCACUGUACCUCUAUGAUGCUUAAAUACCUGAACAUAACCUGGUUGAAUAAUACUGCGCAUGCGAUCCGGAUGUCUUACAGAGACGUUGGUAAAGGGUGGUUUAACAUCUAUGAAAAGUACUGGGACUUUUACGGGAUCAGUAAGCUGUGCCGGUUUAUGCAACUCGUCAGGUUCCGGAUGCAGUACGCGAUACGUUACUCCAUAGAACAGUCCAUGGCGAUGUUCGUCGCGCUAACAGAAACUCCUUGCCUCUGCACUUACGUUUGUGAUGAAGAUUUCAAGUGGGACUCCAGGGACCUCAUCAACACACCCUUCCGCUCACCCACCAUCACCCUGUUCCAUUUCUACUUGAUGAUGUCUCCUGACGGCCCGUACUAUACCACUCCGCCGGAGCAGUUUGAGAUAGUAAUCCAACGAUUAUUUCGGGAGAUGCUGUAUCGCUGCCAUUUCAUACCGCAAGUGCAUCCGAAAAUCAUGACUGGUCUCGUCUUCGAUAAGGAGCUAUUCCUGACGUCGAUUGGUCUCAUGGAGCCGAAUGUGGUGGAUUACAGAGAAAGGUUACUGAAGGCUUACAGAAAAUCGAUUAUACCUCUGAUUGCGUACAUGCACGAGUACGAUUGUUACAGAGAUAUUUACGUCUUGGAUAUAGAGGAAUACGUUGAAACAUUCCGUGAAGAGAAGCAUUCGGCAUCUGAAACUAGAGAAGAAGUACAAAUGCACUACGACGCAAAAAUAGAUUUGAUAUGGCGACUACCGCAAUAUAUUAAUAUUGGACCAUUCGCUAUCAAUGUGGACACUUUGAAGCAAAUGCUAGUGACAAAAAGAUCGGAUAUUAUAAAAGCGCUAUUAACAAUGUGGGCCGAAGAAGUGCGCCUCGUGGUGGACGAUGUGCUCCAAGCUUACAAAAACAUCAUGAGGAAACUAGGGGAGAAGCCUAAUUCUAUAGAACACGUGUUCGAAAUCAGAGAAUGGAUGGAAUCCAUACCUUUUGCUUUGAAGACGCAAGAAGACAUAAUGAAAAAAGUCAACACUGAUUACGAAGUACUAGACGUAUUCUUUUUUCCUCUUGAGAAUGAAGAUUUCAGAGCUCUAUGGGAAGCUGUUGGCUGGCCGCUGAAUAUAACUAAACAGGUGGUGGUAACAACUGAUUAUCUGGAAGAGGAACAGGAGAAGUUCUGGAAACUUCACCAGCAAGAUGAGCAGACUCUUUACGAUAAGAUCGACAUGUUCACAGCUCAAUGCAUGGCGCUUACAUUACAAAGUGAUUUUGGAAAGGUCCACGAAAUAGCAAACGACAUCAAGAAGGCUUGGAAGGGCAUGAAGGAUUCCCAAGAUUGGGGCCGUAUCCUCAAUCAGAGACAGAAGAUGUUUGAUCAACCAGUCGUACCUUUUGCGGAUCUUAACCGAUUGGUGAAAGAGUUUGAGCCGUACCGGAAUCUAUGGGUCACUGCUUCUGAUUUUCUGAAAUCAAAGGAGGUGUGGUUCGACAACCCCCUCAUGUACGUGGACGCGGACACAAUAGAGCCAACAAUCAACGAGUAUUACAAAACUAUUAUCAAGUGUAUACGCACAUUUGCGGACUUGCCGAAAGUACAACAUGUUGCACUUACAAUACGGGAUGAUAUGGAUGAAUUCAGACCACUGAUACCAGUGAUACAAGCCGUGAGAAAUCCAGGAAUGAAAGAACGCCAUUGGAAUGAAUUCAUGGAGAAAGCUGGCAUAACUGUAACGAUGAACGAUAAACAAACCUUCGCGAUGUGCCUCAAGCAAGGGGUAGAUCGGCACGCGGAGCUUAUCUCUGAGAUCGGAGAGUUGGCGAGUAAGGAGUACGUGAUUGAGCAGUCUUUGGACAAGAUGCUUAAUGACUGGGCCACCAGGACCAUGGAAGUCACUCCGUAUAAGAAUACUGGAACCUUUAUUAUGAAGAUAGCUGAUGAAACUCUUCAGCUACUAGAUGAGCAUCUCCUCGCCACCCAGCAGCUUGGUUUCAGUCCUUUCAAAGCGGCCUUCGAGCUCCGCAUUCAGGAGUGGGAUGAUAAAAUACGCCUUACCCAAAAGGUUGUGGAAGAAUGGAUGGAGUGCCAAAAGGAAUGGAUGUAUUUAGAGCCCAUCUUCACAUCAGAAGACAUAUCAAGACAGCUGCCACUGGAAGCUAAGAAGUACGGCACUAUGGAGAGAAUAUGGAGAAGAAUAAUGUCUGCGGCCCAAGUAUGCCCUAAGAUAAUGGUUAUAUGCCCAGACAGUAGACUAUUAGACAGUCUUGUUGAAGCCCGCCACCUCCUAGCAGUCGUGUCACGUGGACUGAACGAAUAUAUGGAACUGAAGCGACUUCGAUUCCCGCGAUUUUUUUUCCUCAGCGACGAUGAGUUGCUGGAGAUAUUGUCUCAGUCCCGAAAUCCCAAAGCUGUACAACCCCAUCUGAGAAAAUGCUUCGAGAACAUUGCUAAGGUCACUUUUGAACCUGACCUAAAGAUAACGCAGAUGCAUUCAAGCGAGGGUGAGAUUGUAGACCUGAAAUACAAAUUUUAUCCAUCAUCCAAUGUGGAGCAAUGGCUUUUGCUUCUGGAAGAUACCAUGAGACAUACCAUACGCCUUACUCUAGUAGCAGCAAUGGAUGAAAUAUAUACGAUGCAGCGUGCCGAAUGGGUGCUGCGUUGGCCAGGUCAAGUCGUCAUUGCCGGCUCGCAGACCGCUUGGACGGCUGGAGUCGAAAACGCCAUCUCCGAAUACCAGAUGGACAUAUUUUAUGAAGAGAACUUGCAACAGUUGGACAGCCUGCGAGCUCUGGUGAAGGGAGAGCUGACGUACUUCCAACGUGAAGUGUUAUGUGCUCUAAUAGUGAUUGAAGUACAUGCUCGAGAUGUGACGAGGACUCUGGUGGAUGAAAAUGUCAAAAACGUUUCGGACUUUCAGUGGAUCUGUCAAUUAAGAUACUACCAAAUAAUAAAGGAUAUGAUACCACUGGAAGAUGGUGAGAUCCCAGAGAUAUAUCAAGAUGAGAAUCGUUUAGACACAUCAAUGUAUUACAGACAAUUCAGCCAGAAUAAUUGCGAUGUACGAGCGCUGAACUCUGUGUUCACGUAUCAGUGCGAAUAUUUGGGGAACAGUGGUCGUCUUGUAAUAACGCCCCUGACUGAUCGCUGCUAUUUGACACUUAUGUGCGCAAUGCACCUUAAGUUCGGCGGAGCACCGGCAGGCCCCGCUGGCACUGGCAAAACAGAAACGACGAAGGACUUGGCAAAAGCCUUGGCAGUACAAUGUGUGGUCUUCAACUGCUCAGACCAACUGGACUUUAUGGCUAUGGGGAAAUUCUUCAAAGGGCUGGCAGCAUCUGGAGCAUGGGCUUGCUUCGACGAGUUCAAUCGAAUCGAUAUCGAAGUAUUGUCUGUAGUAGCUCAACAGGUGGUCACAAUCCAGAAGGCUCAAGUAGCUCGCCAGGAGAAGUUUAUGUUUGAGGGUGUGGAAUUGCCUCUGAAAGCUUCUUGCUCCGUGUUUAUCACUAUGAACCCUGGUUACGCAGGUCGCACGGAAUUGCCGGAUAAUCUGAAAGCGCUAUUCCGACCUAUCGCUAUGAUGGUGCCGGACUAUGCCCUAAUAGCUGAAAUAUCACUGUUCUCUUACGGUUUCUUUGAAGCCAAGAUCCUUGCUGGAAAAAUAACCACAACGUUCCGGCUGAGCUCUGAACAGCUGUCAUCUCAAGAGCAUUACGAUUUUGGAAUGCGCGCGGUUAAAACGGUUAUCCUAGUAGCUGGAAACCUUAUCCGUCAAAUGCCGGAUGGCGAUGAACGUCAAAUCGUACUACGUGCUUUGCGUGACGUCAACGUACCGAAGUUCCUUGCGGACGACCUUGUACUAUUUAACGGUAUAAUAUCAGAUCUUUUUCCGCGAGUAGAAAUCCCGGUAGUCGAUUACGGUAUCAUGGAACAGUCUAUAAGAAAUAUACUUGUCAAGAGAGGGUACGACGAUUUGUACACUUUUAUAUUUAAAAUCAUCCAACUGUACGAGACGACUGUAGUGCGACACGGAUUGAUGUUGGUGGGACCUGCAGGAGUCGGUAAAACAAAGUGCUACGAGAUUCUCCGGGAUGCGUUGACAGCUAUCAAAGGGAGGCUCGCUCCGGACGGGUUCCCAUUCACGCCUGUGCACACAUUUGUCGUGAACCCAAAGUCGAUAACUAUGGGGCAGCUGUAUGGAGAAUUCGAUUUGAACACCCAUGAAUGGACAGAUGGCAUACUAUCGAGUUUGGUGCGCGCUGGUAUAGCAGUGGAGGAUAUGGACAAACGUUGGUAUGUUUUCGAUGGGCCGGUGGACGCAGUGUGGAUCGAAAACAUGAACACUGUGUUAGACGACAACAAAAAACUAUGUCUCUCGAGCGGUGAGAUCAUGAAGCUAACAGAAAGACAGCGUAUGAUCUUCGAAGUGGCAGAUUUAGCUGUGGCAUCGCCCGCUACGGUGUCGCGAUGUGGCAUGGUGUACCUCGACACGCAGGUGGUCGGUCUACCACCGUUGGUCAGCGCUUGGAUGAAGAGCAAUCUCCCACCGAUUGCCGACAACAUACGCAAGAUACUCCCUGGUCUUAUCACAAUAUACUUGUAUCCAGCGCUGCAAGUUCUACGCUCAAGUUGCACCGAAAUUGUCGCCUCCAUAGAUUCAGCUCUUGUACUAAAAUUCCUUGAGCUCUUAGACUAUAGGCUGAGGCCUCUCACUGGUAAAGAUGAUAGACCACCUCCGGGAGCACCUUUUCUGGCUAUGAUGCCAAGACUAGCACCUUGUUGGGUCAUUUGGUCGGUGAUCUGGUCGGUCGGGGCAACUUGUGACCACAACGGUCGAGCGAAGUUCUCAGACUUCUUGAGGAAUCUCAUGAAUGAAAAUGGGAUGAAACUACUUUUUCCUAAAGAAGGGAGAGUUUAUGAUUACACGCUUCAUGAUGGUGGAUUUACUGAUCCUACUGAAGACGGUGAGCCGGCAAAUCCAUAUUGGUUCAACUGGAUGGACAACCUUGAUGAUUACGAAGUAGACCCCGAGUGGCAGUAUGCGGAUAUAGAAGUGCCAACAUUGGAUAAUGUGCGAAGUGCAGCUAUCCUCGGCUACAAGAUCACCAAUUACAAUCACGUCAUCUGCGUCGGUCCGACGGGCACUGGAAAGACUGUCACCAUCUCCUCCAAGCUCUCGAGAGGACUUCACAAGAAGUUUAUCUGCGAGUUCCUAGUUUUCUCUGCUAGAACUUCUGCCAAUCAAACUCAGGACGUAAUUGAUAGCAAGCUGGAGAGACGUCGACGCGGAGUGUUUGGCCCACCGCCAACCAAGCGUCAAGUGUUCUUUAUUGAUGAUCUCAACAUGCCGGCACUGGAAGUAUACGGAGCGCAACCACCCAUUGAACUAUUGCGUCAGUUCAUGGACUUCUCUGGCUGGUAUGACCGAACCAACAUCGGCGAGUUUAAAAUGCUGAUCGACGUUGGUAUGGUGGCCGCGAUGGGACCACCUGGCGGUGGCCGAAAUCCGGUGACCAUGCGGCUGAUGCGACAUUUCCAUUAUGUAUCUUUCACAGAAAUGGAAUAUAACAGCAAGUACGGAAUCUUCAACACAAUACUGAAAUCGUGGACACGCAAUUUCAACAGCGCUGUCACCAUCCGAGAGAAUGCAUUCCUCAAGAGUUCCAUCGAGGUGUUCAAUUCGCUGGUAGAGGAACUUCUGCCAACGCCCACCAAAUCGCAUUACACAUUUAACCUUCGGGACUUGAGCAAAGUUUUUCAGGGCAUGUUGAUGGUCGAUCCGACGUCCAUAAAGGAUGAGGAUGACGUGAUAAGGUUAUGGUAUCAUGAGCAUCAGCGGGUUUAUCAGGAUAGAUUGGUCAAUGCCGAGGACCGAAAGUGGUUUGUGACUUUGCUAAAUAAGAAGAUUCAAACUGAGUUUAAGAGGAAAUCAGCUGACGUGAUCGCUGGAAGACUAAUGCUGUUCGGCGAUUUCAUGGACAUUGGCGUUGAUGAUAAGAAAUAUGUUGAGAUCACUAAUCAAGAAGAGCUGAAUGAAGUUCUGUCGCAUUACCUGAACGAGUAUAAUCUAUCUACGACGGCUCCUUUAGACCUCGUUUUAUUUGAAGACGCAGUGGCGCAUUUAUGUCGUCUCUCAAGAAUUAUGAGGCAGCCUAUGGCGAAUGCUUUACUAUUGGGUAUGGGAGGAUCAGGUCGACAAUCUUUGUCUCGGUUGGCGGCUAAUAUGGCUGAACUGCAAUGUAUGCAAAUUGAAAUCACUAAGGCGUACGGUCAGGCCGAGUGGCGAGACGAUCUCAAGAAGACCAUGCUAAAGGCUGGCGCUGAGAAUCGUGGGAUCGUCUUUUUGUUCUCCGACGCUCAGAUAAAAAUGGAAUCAUUUCUUGAAGACCUGAACAAUAUACUGAGUUCAGGAGACGUCCCGAACAUAUACGAAGCUGAAGAUUUAGACAGCAUCUUCAUGUCAGUUAGACAUGCUGUUAUGGAAAUGAACUUGCCCGCUACAAAGGCAAACCUAUUUGCUUGCUACCAGAAACGUGUGCGAAGCAAUCUGCACAUAGUUGUCGUUAUGAGUCCCGUUGGAGAGAUCUUCAGGGCUCGCCUGCGGCAAUUCCCAUCACUUGUCAAUUGUUGCACCAUUGACUGGUUCAGCGAGUGGCCCAAAUCCGCUUUGGAGUCGGUGGCGAGGCAUUUCUUCUUUAACAUGCCUGAACUGCGCACCACUGAUGAAGUCAUUGAGUCUUUAGUUUCUGUGUGCUGUUUCGCCCACCAAAGCGUAGUGGAUGCGAGUACUAAGUUCCUCGCGCAACUUAAUCGCCUUAACUACGUAACACCUAUGUCGUACAUGGAAAUGCUGGGAGCUUACGCCGAGAUGUUCAGAAAGAAGCAAACCUCUAUACUCACAGAGUCCAAUGCUCUUAAAACUGGUCUGAACAAACUCAACCAAACAGAAGUAGAAGUAAAACAACUGCAAAUCGAACUGGCAGAGUUGAAACCAUUAAUGGAGAAGGCAGCCGAGGAAACCAGAAAAGUGAUUGAACAAAUCGCCGUUGACACCGAAAUAGCAGAAGAUGCUAGAAUAAAAGUGGAAAAGGAACAAGGCAUAGCUGAAUUGAUGGCAAAGGAAACCACUGCAAUGGCUGAAGAUGCGCAGAGAGAUUUAGAUGAAGCAAUGCCAGCGCUAAGGGCAGCUGAGAAGGCCUUACAAGAACUAAACCGUAAUGACAUAGUGGAAGUGAAAGCUAUGAAGAAACCACCUGCAGGCGUACUGCUGGUUAUCGAAUCAUUAUGUGUGGUAUUCGACAUCAAACCUAUUAAGGAGCAAGGACCUGGUUUUGGACAAAAAGUCUUGAACUAUUGGAAACCAGGCUCGCAAAUGUUGGCUGACCCAACCGCAUUCUUGGACUCCCUCAUGAAGUACGACAAGGAGUCCAUAACUGAGGAGAUGAUCAAGAAGCUCAAAAAAUACGUCACCGAUCCUAACUAUGAGCCAAUGAAAAUUUUAAAGGUCUCCAAAGCGUGCAUGUCUUUAUGCAUGUGGGUGCACGCAAUGUACAAAUUCUAUCACGUUAAUAAGGCAGUUGCACCCAAGAAGGAAGCUCUUGAGCGCGCGACGAAAGAACUAGCUGCAGUUGAAGCAAUGUUGGCAAACGCCAAGUCGAAAAUGCAAGCUCUCCUCGAAGGCAUUGCAAAAUUGAACGCUUAUCUUCAAGAGAAGGAAGAUGAAAAGAGAAAAAUGGAGGACGACAUUAAUCAGUGCUUGGCAAGAAUGGAUCGUGCUAACAGAUUGCUAAACGGAUUAUCAAGUGAACGUGUCAGAUGGAUUCGAACUAUCAAAGACUUGGAUAUUGCGCAAGUGAAUUUAAUUGGAGACAUCAUGUUAAGUGCUUGUGCUGUCGGAUAUGUUACACCGUUUACAGAUGAAUUCCGAAGAGACCUACUCAAUCAAUGGAUAAACCAUAUCGUGGAAAUAAAAGUACCGCAUACAAGAGGUGGAACACCGCUUACGAUUCUUGGCGACGCAGUUGUUAUAAGAAAUUGGCAAAUGUACGGUCUACCGCGUGAUCCACUGUCAGUUGAAUCCGCUGUGCUGAUGUCCAACUCAAGACGCUGGCCUCUCAUCAUUGACCCUCAGACGCAAGCCAACAAGUGGAUUCGAGCUAUGGGCAAAAUAGAAGGUUUAAUCGUUUGCAAACCAAACGAUAGAGAUUUGUUGAGGAAUUUCGAAUCUGCUUUGCGAUUUGGAAAACCUGUUUUGUUGGAAAAUGUUGGGCAAGAGCUUGAUCCUGCAUUAGACCCCGUUCUUAAACGACAAUACUUCCGUCAAGCUGGACAAUUAGUGCUAAAACUGGGUGAUUCACUGAUCCCCUUCACAAAAGGUUUUCGUCUGUAUAUCACGACCAAACUACCGAAUCCGAAGUAUACACCUGAGGUCUCUGUUAAAGUGCAAAUUGUAAACUUUGCGCUUGUACCGAGUGGCUUAGCAGAACAGUUACUCUCAAUAGUGGUGGCACAAGAAAGACCCGAUUUAGAAGAGCUACGUGGCCAACUUAUUGUAUCACGAGCUCAACUGUCAACACAGCUAGCUGAGAUGCAAGCUGACAUCCUGUACGGUCUAUCUAACAGCGAAGGAUCUCCAGUAGAUGAUUUACCUCUCAUACUAACACUUGAAGCUAUUAAAAUUAAGAGCGCUGAAAUUUUGAUAAAAGUAGAAGACAUAGAACGUACUUCAGCGGAGAUAGACGACGCUCGUCAGGGUUACGUCCCAGUGGCGAAUCGUGGUCAGAUACUAUUCUUCUGCCUAUCCGGUAUGGCCAACGUGGACCCCAUGUAUCAAUACUCUUUGGAAUGGUUCGUCAAGUUAUUUGUGAGGAGCAUGUCUGAGACUGAGCCUAAUGAAGACAUUUUCGAACGCGUUGAAACCAUAAUCGACCAUUUCACCUUCCUGCUUUAUCAGAAUGUGUGCAGAAGUCUCUUUGAAAGACACAAGCUACUAUUCGCUUUUCUGCUUUGCGCUCGAAUUCUACUCGACAAAGGAGUUAUAAGGAGUCAGGAGUUCAACUUCUUGUUGAAUGGAGCCAAGAUUGAAGAGGAGUUGGAUAACCCCGAACCCAAGUGGGUAUCAACUCGAAUGUGGCUAGAUAUGCAACAACUUGCUUCGCUGCCAACCAUGCACCAGUUUGUUAUCGACUUUCCGAACCAAAUCAAGUUCUUCAAAUCCUACUACGACGCGUGGAACCCACACAAGUUACCUUACCCAAAACCACUGGAUUCACAGCUUGAUGCUUUCCAAAGGCUACUUGUAUUAAAAUGUCUUCGACCAGACAAACUUAUUCCUGGGCUUCAGGAUUACGUUGUAACAGGUUUAGGAGCAAGAUUCGUAGAGCCACAGCCAGCAGAUUUAGCUGCUCUGUAUGCGGAGUCCGAUCCCUUAGCUCCUAUAAUUUUUGUUCUUUCUACUGGUACUGAUCCUGCGGCAGAUUUAUUAAAAUUUGCUGAUAAGAUGAAAAUGGGCAAGAGAUUUGAAAGCAUUUCCUUGGGGCAAGGUCAAGGGCCUAUAGCUGAAGCUAUGAUGAGAGUUGGUUGUGACUUUGGAAAUUGGGUCUUUUUCCAGAAUUGUCAUCUAUCACCAUCCUGGAUGCCUGUGCUGGAAUUAAAUGUAGAGCAAAUCCUACCAGAAGUGGUGCAUAAGGAUUUCCGUCUGUGGCUAACCUCGACCCCUUCUCCAUUUUUCCCAGUUGCUCUCUUACAAAAUGGGUACAAAAUGACAGUAGAACCACCGAGAGGUAUCAAGGCUAAUUUAUUAAAAGCAUACAUGAAUCAAGUUCCAGAUUUCAUCGAUUACUUUAACUCUUCGGACACCAAAGUUCCCAAUUUUAAGUGGCUAAUGUUUUCUCUAUGUCUAUUCCAUGGGGUUGUACUGGAGCGGCGAAAGUUUGGUCCACUUGGCUUCAACAUUCCCUAUGAAUUUACUGAUGGUGAUCUCCGGAUCUGCAUUUCUCAACUACAUAUGUUCCUCACUGAAUAUUCUGAAGUACCUUUAAGGAUGUUGACCUACACAGCAGGGCAUAUUAAUUACGGUGGGCGUGUUACUGACGACUGGGAUCGGCGAUGCUUGCUGUGUUUGUUAUCUGACUAUUACACUACUGCUGUUCUCAAUGAUCGCUGCAUCUUCGACGAAAGUGGUGCUUACAAACAGCAACCCUCUUGGUUCACAAUCGAUGAUUACACGAAAUACAUACGCACCUUGCCGCUGAAUGACGACCCGUCUUUGUUUGGACUCCAUAGCAAUGCUAACAUCAGUUACGCCACAUCGGAAACAAGAACUUGUAUCAAUAUUCUAAGCAAUCUCCAACCUAAGGAAGUAAUUGGUGAAGGUGGAUUGUCCGCAGAGGAGAUGACAGAAUUGGCUGCCAAGGAUAUUCUAGGUGUACUACCACCUUUGCUCGACCAGAAGUUAAUUGCCACUACGUAUCCUGUAUCAUACAAGGAGUCCCUGAACACCGUGCUGAUACAAGAAGCAAUAAGAUAUAAUAAGCUGCUUACUGUCAUAAACACAUCUCUGAGAGAUCUUCAAAAAGCAUUAAAAGGUCUGGUCGUGAUGUCGGAGGCAUUGGAAAGCAUGUCAAAUAGCUUAGCGCGUAAUGCUGUGCCAAGUAUGUGGAGCUCACGGGCAUACCCCUCGCUUAAACCUCUGGCGGCGUGGGUUAAAGACCUGUGUAUGCGUGUCCAAUUCAUGCAGCAAUGGGCUGAUGGUGGGAUCCCUAAGGUCUUCUGGAUAUCUGGAUUCUACUUCCCGCAAGCAUUCCUCACCGGCGCCUUGCAGAACUAUGCAAGGAAACAUGUCAUAGCCAUUGACACCGUGUCUUAUGCUUUCGAGGCACUCCAGCUUCCUCCGCAAAAGAAGCCAGACGACGGCUGCUGUGUGAGCGGUCUGUUCCUGGAAGGUGCUCGUUGGAACGGAGCGGACAUGGCUCUUGAAGAGAGUCGUCCAAAGGAGCUUCAUACUGAAAUGGCGAUAAUCUACAUGAAACCCGAACAGAACCAUCGCUUGGCGUCCGGCCUCUACGAAUGUCCAACGUAUAAGACGCUGGUCCGCGCUGGUACCCUGUCCACCACGGGGCACUCCACCAACUACGUGAUGACCAUAGAGCUGGUAACGCAUAAGCCACAGUCGCAUUGGAUCAAACGCGGAGUAGCUUUGUUUUGCGCCCUAGAUUAUUAAGUCGAUCCUUAAUUGCAAAAGGUCUAGACUAGCGUUUAGUCAGGUAGGUAUGGAAUGAACAUUUAAUUAAGGUUGACAAUCUCCCUCAAUGUAUCGAUACUAUCAAUAGAAUGGAUUUCUACAAAACGAAUUUCUUAGAAACAAGAAAAUAAUCUAGAAAUACUCUUAUAAUGUACUAAAAUAAUGUAAU